AUGGUGGGCUUCCAACGCAAUGACAGUCUCACCCACGGCCAAAAGUUCCUUGCGGGCUGUUUUACCGGAAUGAUUGCGCGCCUAGUCACGCAGCCCAUAGACAUAGUGAAACUGCGGACUCAGUUGCAAAAGUCUCGGUACGGGAGACGCGUCAGCAUGUUAUCCAUAACCAAGAAGAUUAUCCAGGAGGAGGGUGUUAAAGCCCUCUUCCACGGCCACUGCAUCGGGCAGUUACACUCCAUAUUAGCGGUGUGCACACAAUUUUUCGUAUACGAAUUAACCACAAAAGAAGUUGUAUAUUCAGAAAUAGAUGAGAAGCAUAAGUCAAGAAUGGAGUUUGCGUGUGGCAUUUUUGCGGGCUGUUGUGCUGCCACAGUGGCCUUGCCUCUAGAAGUAAUAAGAGUGAGACAGAUGAUAGUCAAGGAACAGUAUAAGGGACUAUUAAAUGGCGCGAAAAGUGUAUACAACACGGGAGGCAUAUUGGCGUUCUACGAAGGCCUGUCUGCUUCUGUGCUACAAUACGGCCCGGCGGUAGGGGUGUCGUUCUCGGUGUUCCGUUUCAUGCAACCGCUGAUAUUGGGAAUGCUGCCGAGCUGCGGCCCAGAGUGUGACGCAACCCUGAGCGCCGCCCACAAACCCUCGCACGUGGUGCUGGCGAGCAUGGUGGCCGGCGCCACGGCCGGAUUCGUCUCGAAGACGGUGACCUACCCGUUCGAUCUCGUGAAGCGGCGUUUGCAAAUUGGCACGCACAAGGAAGACGAGCGUUACGCCACGCCGAGUACCGCUAGAAACCUGGUGCGGUGCACGAGAUUCCUUUCGUGCGUUGAGUCGAUCGUCAGGAGAGGCGGCGUCCGAGGACUGUACCAGGGCUGGCUAGUCACCGUCCUCAAGUCACAGCUGACUAGCGUUGUGGCGUUCACGACUUACGAGAGCACGUGCUUCUUUAUCAGGCAGUUCAAUGAAAGACAAUCCAAUGGUGGCACC